UGUCAUAUGUCAAUUAUGUCAUUGUAAAAUCGUUUUGUCAACGAAAAAUAGAGCGAAACGUUUCUAGAAAAGUGCUCUGAAAGUGUUUUUAUUAUUGUGCAAUAUCUGGGAGUGUUAAAGAGUGCAUUUACUUGUUAGUGAAGUAAAAUAACCAACCAACAUGUCCUACGCAUAUAAUCAAGGACCGUACGGCCAACAGGGCUACCCGCCACCACAGCAAGGCGGAGCUUAUCCCCCUCCACCUCAGGGAGGGUACGCCCAACCCGGGUACCCGCCGGCGGGCGGUUACCCGGGUCAGAGUUACCCCACCGCUCCGCAGCCCGGUUUCCAGCCGCCCGCUUACGGCAGCGACCCCUACAGCAACCCAGGUGAAGCUUUACCCUUUAACUCUUCCACACAUGGAGGCGGCUAUGGAGCAUACAACCCUGAAGACCCCGGCGACGUUAAAGGUUUCGACUUUAACGACCAAACCAUCCGACGAGGUUUCAUCAGAAAAGUCUACUCCAUCCUCAUGGUGCAGCUGCUCAUCACCUUUGGCUUCGUGGCGCUGUUCUGCUUCCACGAACCCACCAAGAAAUUUGUUCACAACACCCCCAGCCUGUUCAUCAUCGCCCUAGUCGUGAUGCUAGUCGCCAUGAUCACUCUAGCUUGCUGCGGGGAAGUCAGACGCAAAGCUCCAGUCAACUACGUCAUGCUGUUCAUUUUUACUAUAGCUGAAGGCUUUCUUUUGGGCGUUUCAGCCAGCACGUAUGCACCAGAUGCUGUUUUGAUGGCUGUCGGGAUCACUGCUGUGGUUUGUUUGGCUUUGACGCUGUUCGCUUUCCAAACCAAGUACGAUUUCACCAUGAUGGGAGGUAUUUUGUUGGUAGCGGUUAUUAUCUUGCUGGUUUUCGGUAUUGUAGCGAUCUUCGUGCACAGCCGAAUAGUGAAUUUGGUCUAUGCUUCUUUGGGAGCGCUUAUUUUCUCCGUUUAUCUCAUUUACGAUACUCAGUUGAUGAUGGGUGGCAAGCAUAAGUACAGUAUUUCUCCUGAAGAGUACGUCUUCGCUGCCUUGAACCUUUAUUUGGAUAUUAUCAACAUUUUCAUGUACGUGCUGGCCAUCAUUGGCAAUUCUCGGGAUUAGUUUGUUCCAUUUUUGGCUGUUUAAUCAUACCUGCUUUCUGUUCAAGUGUUGCGGGUUCCUAUACAGAGCGUCUCGUAAAUAAGUGCCAGGAUUUUAACUGGUAGUAUACCGACGUCGAAACAUGGGACAGGAAAUUCAAUGUAAAAUUUGAAAAGGCCAAAUAUUAUCUCCCUAGAUGAUUUUAUGCAAAGGUUGCAUUAGACUUUUAUGAAGAGAUCUAGUAUCAAAUGUAUGUAACUGUAUGUGUUUUAUUUAAUUGCUUUGAUUUCACUCUUUUUUUUUCUAUUUAAUGCGCUUCUAUUUUUUUCUUAAUUUUGAUAUGAAUUAGAUUACUUUGGUAACAUACUGGCUAAAUUAUCACCGAUAUAGCUAUAGAUCUAGCAAUCAAAACACGCUGUAAGCACAAGAAUUUUGAGGUUAAAAAAAUGUUUCUCUUAUUUCAUCAAAAAUUGCAUUUUUCCUCAACUCAAACUCUUUAUUUUUGUUUAAACAGCAUUAGAAUAUAACUUAAAUUUACAGGAAAUUUGUAUUAGCACCAAACAUAAUUCUAAUAAAAUAUUUUGAAAUCUAGUGAAUUUUUUUUAUUUAAAAUUAUAAUUAAAAAUGGCUAUUUUUCAAAACAAAAAUUAAAAAAAAACAAAAAAAAUUCAAUGAAACUGGCAACAUUGCUUUUCCUUCUGUCGCUGUCACAUCAAAGCAAAAAUUCUCCAUAACGUCAAAUAUAUGUCGAAAACUACUAAAAUUAAAUUAAAAUAUUUGGAAAUUCUGUGCAUAAUCUCCAUUUUUUUUUAUUUAAAAUUACUAAAAAUGGUUAGUACUACUAAAAAAAGACGAAAGUACGACUUUAACGUCUCUUCAUAAAAGUCUAAUAAAACUUUUGCAUUAAAUUAUCUGUGGAGAAAAUAUCUGAGCUUUUCAAAAUGUAUUUCGAUGCACCACACUGUAUACAUUAAUUGUUACAAAAAAAUCUACUUAAAUGCAAUAAAGUAUUGUUGACGAUAUAUAUUAAAACUUUUUUUAAAUUCUAUUUCUAAUUAUUAUUUUAUGUUGGAAAUUAUGGUUAUCGGCCUUGCAGAAAAUUCGAAUCACACUGUUGAACAGAAAGCAGCAAAUUCCUGUUUUUGUUGGGUUGCUAAGUUUUUUUUGUUUUUUUCGAAAGAAUUUACCUUUAGUUAAGUUUCAUAGAAGAUUAUCAUAAAAAUUGAGGUUGUGCUAAUUAUUAUUGGGUAUUUUUUUUACACGGAAAAUUAGAGUAAAAAAUAUACCUUUUUGGUAAAAGAAGAAAAAAACAGAUACUCUUACUGUUUACUUAAUAAAAUUCAUCUAGGACUGUUUUGAUGUGGAAUACCGAUCGAAUAUUGAUUUUUCCAAAUUCAUUUUUUUUAUUAGUUUAUCAAUAGAAUUGUUCCGUCUAUCGCCUACUGUCGUGACGUCACGCGGAAAAGAUCAGGCCUUUUUUUCUCGAAGGUAGGUAACGGUCUAUGCCAACCGAAUUUAGGUAUUGGACAUAAAGUUAAAGCCCGACCAAAAAUAUUAUUUCUGCUCUUAUUGUGAAAUUUUAUAAAGAACAAAUAUUUUGAUUUAUAAAAUUUAUCUAGGUUGUGAAGUAAAAAGUAUGUUAUGAUAAUUUUCUAUGACUUGAAUUAAUCUAUUGUUAGGUUUGUUCCAACCCCGCUGAGAACCGUUUCAGAACGGUUCCGUUCAUGCGCAUAGGGCUAAAAGCGUUCCAACCUUGAUGGGGAUCGUUCUCGUACGACAUUUUAUUGAUAUUUGGGCCAGGGCGUUUGCUUGUUUUGUUUUGUGGAUUUGUUUGGGGUUUAAUGGGUUUUAGUGUUUAGAAUUCUUUCUAUACUUAGAAAUUGUCUAUUUAAUUUAGCUAGGGUUUAACAUUUUACAGUUCACACUUUUCAACAAAAAAAAACGAAUAGUAAACCAAGUGAAACUUACCAAAAUUAUGGUUUGUGUCCAUUAUUUAUUAAUGUAGGUGGUAAUUUACCACUUUUUACAGUUUCCACUGUUCUAUACAAUUAAUAAGAAUAUCUGUGAAGAAUAUUAUUAAGGGUUGUUUUGUUUACAUCUUACAUCAAACAAAAAGCA